AAGGAAAUGAAGAUGGGGAGACAGUUAUUGUUGAAAAAGACCAUUUUAUGGAUGACUUUUUCCAACAGGUUGAGGAACUUAGAAAUAAUAUAGCAAAAAUAGCACAAAAUGUGGAAGAAGUAAAAAAGCAGCACAGCAUUAUUCUGUCAGCACCAAAUCCUGAAGGAAGAACAAAGGAAGAACUUGAAGAAUUAAAUGAGGAAAUAAAGAAGAUUGCUAAUAAAAUCCGAGCCAGGUUAAAGGCUAUUGAACAAAGUUUUGAUCAGGGUGAAAAUGUUAAUCGAACAUCAGUGGACCUCAGGAUAAGGAAAACACAGCACUCUGUGCUAGCUCACAAGUUUGUGGAGGUCAUGACGGAAUACAACGAGACACAAACCCUGUUCCGAGAGCGCAGCAAAGGUCGGAUACAGAGACAAUUAGAGAUAACUGGAAAGACCACCACUGAUGAGGAACUGGAAGAAAUGUUAGAGACUGGUAAUCCUUCAAUUUUCACAUCUGAUAUUAUAUCAGACUCUCAAAUAACCAGGCAAGCUCUGAAUGAAAUUGAGUCACGUCACAAGGAUAUUAUGAAACUGGAAUCCAGCAUACGGGAACUGCAUGAAAUGUUUAUGGACAUGGCAAUGUUUGUUGAGACUCAGGGUGAAAUGAUCAACAACAUAGAAAAGAAUGUGAUGAAUGCAUCGGAUUAUGUGGAACAUGCAAAAGAAGAGACAAAAAAAGCAGUUCAAUAUCAAAGUAAAGCACGAAGGAAAAUGUGGAUAAUAAUCACUGUGUCAGUUGUGUUGAUUGCCAUAAUUGGCCUAAUUAUUGGCUUGUCUGUUGGUAUUCGGUGAUGCUUGGAUAACUUCAGCAUGCAUGACUUCCUGCCAGUGUGGCAAAACUGAUGUUCAUAAUUAUUUGUGUAACUGUAUUGCUUCUGAUACUUGGAAUUAUCCUAGCAACAACACUAUCAUAGCAAGCACAUUCCGAGACUGGUGAACCUUCAGAAACUCCAAAAUUCAUCUUCAGUAAAACCAAACCUUUUUUAAAGAAUGACACCUUACACUGUUUCAUGAUGAUGACCUGGCACUAAUGGUUAAAAAUGAAAAGAAAUCACUCUUAAUGUUUACUCAUAAAUGAAGAUCAGAAUGUAUUAGGAAAUGUAUGAAUUCUCAUCAUAUACUAUGCAUU